GCAUUGCCGGCGACGACAAUUGUACUCACUGGGGUAAGUACAAAAUGGCGGGAGUGGCUUGCCAGAUAUCUAUCAGCCGAUCGUCGACCUUGAGGAGGGUUAAUCAUCGGCCGCGAUGCUUCUCUGGUUCGCCGGAGAAUAAAACACCGGCUGUUUUGAAUUGGGCGGUUGGUGGAGUCACUGAGUUGCUUCGGCUGUUCUCCGGUGCGCCGUCUUCAUCCUCCAUCCCUACAAAUAAAGAUAGAUCAAGGUAUGAGCUUUCUGCUGGAAAUGUUGAGGAUGUGAUGGAGAUUUUGAGAUCAGAUUAUCGAAAUGCCUACUUCGUCACAGGAAUCUUGACUUCUUCAAUUUACUCGGAUGAAUGCAUCUUCGAGGAUCCGACUAUCAGCUUCCAGGGUACAGAGUUGUAUGAACGCAACUUGAAAUUACUUGUUCCGUUCCUCGAAGAUGCAUCCAUUGAACUGCAAAAUAUGGACAAGAGUGAGUCGUUCGAAAGAAACUAUAUACUGGCGACAUGGAAGCUAAGGACUUACCUGAAACUUCCAUGGAGACCACUAAUAUCGAUCAACGGAAGUACGGUAUAUGAUCUGGAUCGAGACUUCAAAAUUGUGAGGCAUGUCGAGAGCUGGAAUGUCUCUGCGCUAGAAGCAGUCGGGCAGAUAUUCACCGUCAAGUCUUUUCCCUUCGGUGACUGAGAGUCUAAGUACUAUGAUUCAUGCAUUUGGCCAUGGUCCAAACAAUGUCUACCAAUUCUUAGUACAUUUGUUAAUAUAUUAUGAAUUCACCA